AUGCUCCCACAAGCCCAAUCGACCCUCGGAUCACCAUUGCAAAUCCAAUUCGACUUUGAGCUGGACUUUGCGCCGCCCAGCUUUUCCGGCGAUGUUGCCUCGGAAAUCAAGGAUGGCGUCAAUGAGGGAGGGGAGGCCAGCGAGGGCCGUGGAAUGGGCAGAGAAAGAGACGAGAGAGGGAGAGGAGAUGGAACGACAGCAGCAAUAGCAGGACGUGGGCUCUCCAAUGCGGGACUUGGAACGGACAGUCAAGCCGAUGAUCUGGACGACUUUGCACGCGCGAUUGAGCUCUCGCUCUCGAGACCAGGCACAUCGGGCAGCCAGACCGGCGCGAGUGCACCACCACAGUUCCACCCUUCGUUGUUCCCUCACAAGGCAGUCUCCGACCCCGCGACAAUGUCACCGAUCAUGUCCCCCAUGAGCCGCUCUUUCAUAGACAGUCGCGAUAAGCCGUACGGGCCUUCGCCAACGCCCAGACCGCCCAUGAUGAUGGCAAACCACAGCUCCCCAAGCCUGUCGCGACCCGAUUCCUCCGGGGAUGGGUUGCGCAACACGACAAUGCCAUACCAUCCUCGCCUCAGUCCCAGAAUCGCCAUGCAUGAGCAGUCUGCUGGAACAAACUAUAGCGGUUCCACUGCACGCCCAAGCACUCGUGCGUCUUCAAUCUCCAACAGCUUGACCAUUGGUACACCGUACCAGGCUACGUCGUCUGCGUUUCCCUUGCCACAGCACGUUCAGACCAGACCCAACAACGACAACACAGAGGCGAUGGUGGCUGGAGUGAAAGUUCCCACUCACCACACUUCGUCUGCCCCGAAAGCAGCGACCAAGUCGGCAGCUAAGCCGGCGAGCAAGCAGACGACUAAACCGGCAUCAAAACCGGCAUCGAAACCGGCAGAGUCGAAAAGGAAAACUCGCUUAAUCAACCCGCUAAACCUGCUGCAACGGAGGAAAAGUGAAUAUCCCAUCGAUCAAGGCGACGAGGAGCGAGCUCAACGACAAGCUCAAGCCCAGGCGUUGGCUCGUCAGAGGGAUGUCGUUGCCUCUGGAGUGAACAAGCCUCCGCCGGGGUUUGAUCCUCGCAUCAAAGGCAAAAAGGUGCAUGAUUUCAGUGCACCGAGAGGGAAGCGUAAUACAUUCGAUGAGAUGGAUUUGCCUUUACCGCCUCCAGGGCUGCGCAGCUCUACAAGCCCUAGUCUUGAUUGGCCAAUGUCUCCAAUGUCAGGAAAUGCCUUUCCACCUCGUACUGCCUCCUUGGUCAACCGAGGCCUGCGCCAAGGUGGAUCGGAGACGCCUGAAAGGAGGAGCACGCACACACCCGUGUUUGUUGAGCAUCUCGGCGAGGACCCUGAGGCCGAGCGUCGUGUCAGCUCAAUAGACGCGGAAAACCUUGAAAACAAAGCAUUCCUGCAACGCGUUUCGAAGCAAUCUGCUGUGACAACCACCUCACAGGAGAGCCACAUAUUGCCACCUUUCGCGCGGCGCAGCCAAACACUUGACCCUCUGCAAGCUAGCUUGUACCAGGACGACGAGUCCAGGAGGUCGAGUGAUCCCUCGACGACGGACAAGGACCAUGACACGUCGCUCAGCUCUCUUGGCGAUAUAAGUCCCAUCACCGCAAGAAGUAGCGCUCAAAAUUUUGGAGCUGUUUCUCCGUCUGGCGGAGAGAAGAGCUCCCGCCCUGUCUCAAACAUGGCACCAACCGAGCACAUCACUCGACCCGCAAGAACGUCCUCAACUGGGCAGCCUCGUCGUGACCCAGCCGAAGUCACGACCAACAACUAUUGGGUCGUCUUGGCACCUCCAACUGUCGAGACGAUUGCCGAAGGACCUGCUGACAGCUCCCCGAUAGAGCCACCUGCCACACCACAAUCUUCCUCACAGGGUCCGCAUCUUGCGAGCCAGGGCAUUUCAAUUCGACGCCCUGGCUCCAAGUCACAAUCUCCAACGGGAAGAGCAAAUUCUCCCGCAACUCCGUCUCACACAGAAAAGAUGUCUGCUACACCGACGCCGGACACAACGCCCGAUUCACGGUCACCUGCUACCUCGAGAAAGCUUGUUGAGAAACGCGCUUCGGCAGUAGGACACGCCAAGCGAGCCUCUGGCACUCCAAAGAAACAUGCAAGUAACGCAUCAAGGUUCUCCUUCCAGCUGGGUGAAAGCACAGCGCAGGAGCAAGCGCUCGAGGAAAAGCAUCGCAAAAUUGUAUCUAACAGCGGACCCUCGAAGCAAGCGACACACGCCACCAGUCCUGACGAGGACGAGGAUGAAGACGACUACUUCGACGAAGACGCCAUGGACGACAUGGACGAGAUGGAAAUGCAGUCCGAGCAGAGUGCUGACCACCAGCCCACAGUGCCGCAAAGCUCUCUAUAUCUCCACCAGGCCCGCCAGGCUCUCCACGGACCAGAGAGUGACGACGGUUCGGCGUAUGACGAGGAUGAACCGGAGGUGACAGAUGAGCGAGACGUUCCUUAUGCCGACCAUCCUGCAUUUCGCGCCCACCCAGCCAUGGCACAUCAAUUUGCCCACAAUUCCAUGCUCCCAGUAGGGAACGAGGACUAUGACGGUUGUUGGCGUGACAGCACGCUUGACUCGUACAUGAGGGAAUCAUAUUAUUCGUCACCGCAAUCUGAGCACUCCCGCAUGCAAAGUAGGGGGUCAAGAACUACGGUGGACACAAGCUCUCCUCUGAUCCAAGGCUCUGGCGCGCCUUCAUUCCAAGACUAUCUGUCCGCGAACGACGGCAUCAAGGGCACAAACCACAUGUCUACGCCUCGGUCUAACAUACAGGUCUCGGCAACCUCAUCUCCCAUCAAAACCGUUCGACCUCCUCUUCCUGCUCGGGACAGUGGGAACAGCGAGCGCAAUCGAGUGGCGAGUGGCAUGAUGUUCAACCCUAACCUGCCCACACCGAGUUCAGAGAAGUCCCCGUGGGUCGGUGAAGCUACGCAGAGCUCAGAUCAUCACGUUCGCGAUAUGAGCUUUUCCACUAUCAGUGAAGCGCAAAGCCUGAAUUCMCCAGGCGGCGCACCAAAUUCACGACCUGUCACCCUCAACCUCAACACACGAGGUCCAAGUCAGCACGACGACCACGUCACAAGCCCGAAAUUGGACAAGGUGACACUAGCUGGACUUGAGAAUGGCCAGGUCAAUGCCAGGAGUAAGCCUCCACCUCUGACAUCUCCGAAGAGUGCCAAAAGUUUCCGUAGCGAUGGCAGACGCAACGGAUCCGUGGGUGGCUUGAGCUUGAACUCCCCACGGAGCCUGUCCAGCCAUGACUCUGCCGGUAGCGAGAGCUUCGAAACGUUUGCAGAGAGCAGUGGCUUCUCAAGAGUUACAAGCCCACAGGCCGGGCGCAGUAACGGUGGCGAUGCGCUAUUACGGGCUAGCGACAAGGGGCAGCAGUAUCAACGCGUGUCAGGGGCAGGAGAGCAAGUUGAAGCUACUCAUCCAAACAAUGGUCUUGGUCUCGACACAUUCUCAGGAUUCGACUUUGGACAGCAAAAUCCCCCGCUGGCGACCACUCCGAACAAUUCUAGGAGCCCCGUGACCAACACAUCUGAUCCUCACAAGAAGGGACAUAAAGCGCGAUUCUCGCUCUUUCCCCACCAGACAAACAGCGGCAGCAGACCAGACUCGAGAGGAUUGCAAAAGGAUGCAACUCCCUUGCAGUUCACAAUGCCUCAGUCAAAUCGGACUACAGCGUCACAUUACUCCGGCUUGAGCGAUGCGAGCCACAGUACGGCUGCAGCGGGUAGCAUGGCCAGUUACUCUCCAGUGCGGUCUUCGGCUAUGCCGGACUUCCACUUUCCACGUGCAAGCGGGAUGCACGACGACGAGAGCAAAGACGACAUGUAUUUUGACGAUGGCAACUUUGAACAAGACAUCAAUGUUCCGCAUCCCACUGCGUUUGAUGAGAAUACCUUCGACGAUGAUGCUUUCUUGGCCAGACCCGGUAUGAACGUCGGCGGUCGAAGGGAGUUAAGUAAUGGUGUCGUUUCUACUACGAGUGUCGGACCAUACCCAACCUUCGCAAUGCCCAAUGCCGUCAAAGCACGCCAAAGGGAGUCGCAACUGAUGCUGGAGGAUCUUAUUCUGCAAGAACCAGUUGAUCCGAAGUUGAUUCCGCAGCGCAAUCCUUCUGAGGAUGCAAAACGUUCGGGACUGAGCGACCGAGCCCCCCCUCUAGCCGUGGAACCUUCCAACAGCGAAGAGGAGGCCAUGCACAUGCAAAGGACUCUUGACAAUUAUCAUGCGGCUCUCGCGAAUGCAGCCAACAGAGCUGCGGCGGACGGGCGAUUCUGGCGCGAACCAAGCUCUGCGUCGCAAAGCAUCAGAUCUAAGAACGAGGAUGGCAAGAGCACGUAUUCGUGGGAUGAAAAGAGCGUCUCGUCCAACGUCGAAGAAGACGACGAGGGCCCGCCGUGCAACGCCGUUGCGGAAGCAAAUGAGUUGAAAAGUCUUCCCCGAGCAUCUGGCAUGGCUUUUGAUUUUGGCUUUGGCGAAUCGACCAUGGACGACGUCAAUGAUUACGACUACGAUAACGAUGAUGACCUUGUUGCAGCAGCGAAUGCCGAAGCUUUGGCAAGCGACGACGAAGGGUUCUACGGCCAGGAGUUCGCGUUCUACGGUCGGCCGCGCGCUAACUCCAACGAGUUCAACCCUACCAUUGGCGGGUACUUUGGAGAAGACGGCGACGAUGGUCUGACCCGGAACAAGAGUCUCAGAGAACCCAACCUAACGCCAAUCACCGAGCGCUCAGAGUUUUCCACGCGCAAUUCGAUGAUUGGGCUUGGUCUGGGCAUGCCAUUGUACGGCCCUCCCAGCGCCGGUCUCUACGGCUCACAAUCCCCCGCGCUGGCCCGCAUGUCGGUCACACCACUGAUGGAGAGCGAGAUGUCAUUUGAGGAGCUGCGAAGACUGCGAGGUCAAGCUUUCGGUGGUAGCAGUAGAAGUCUUCAGAGUAACAGCGCUCGUUCGAGUGCGCAGUCUUUGGAAGGCUCACUGGUGCAAGGAAACAGGCCGGGACUUUCCAACCCACAGCAGAACUCUGGCGCCGGGACGGGCACAUCGUUCACUUUCCCGUCCCGAACGCAGAGCAGCGAUUCAAGCAACCCUUCGAGUGUGCAGGCGCCCGUCUCAGGGCAGGCAUUGCAUGAAAGUCCGCAAUCAGCCACUUCCAGUCAAGGCAACCCGUUCUCGAUGGAUGUAGACUUGACCCCUAGGAAGAACUCGCAGCCCGUUGUCGACCACUCCACAGCGAAGAAACUUCCGAGAGAAUCCAUAACGAGCCAAAGCGAGGGUCAAACUUCACACUCACGGCAAGGCAGCAAUGCCGAUUCCGUCACGUAUGUCAGGGAACCUGAUCCGGACAACAGUGGGAAGCCGCGCUGGGUCAUGGAGCGUAGACGUACGAGCGAGCAGGGCCAGCUGCAGCUGAUCGGGAGGGAACUCGUUCAGGGAGGGUGGAUAUGA